CCUUCCUUUUCGAUGGGGAGAGGGUCUCRGAUUGGCUAGAUUUGGUGGAGCAGKCAAUGGUGGGACUGUCAGAUGAGGUSAAAUUYCAACGCGUUAUGAGGUAUGUGCUCCAUAGGCACCACCAGGAAGUGSAGAAGGUUGUGGACGCYGCCCAUGRCAGCUGGGCAAGAUUCAAGGAGAACAUGCUGCGCAAGUAUCGGUUGGGUGAUGGGUUGCUUACCAUCCAAGAUCUUGAGGGGAUGAACAAGGAUGACUUUACCACGAUAGGGGCCUUCGUACAAGAGUUUAAGAAGAAGGCGAGGAAAGUUCACAGGAUCUCUGAGGAAAGGCAGCGCGCUAUCUUUUUGGGGCUGCUCACUGGGUCAGAGGUGGCCGAACUGACGAGCCAUGGAGCAGGCAGCGCAAAGCUUACCUGGGCCACCAUCAACAGAGGAGUGGAGGAUGGGAGUUUGGACCAGGUAGAGCAGCAUCAGAUGCGCCUGCAAAGGAGGAAAAGAAAGGAAAGGGACGCUACUGCAUCAGGGACCCUGGGGGUGAAGAGGAUUAUCACUGAUGUACUUGCGGCAUUAGGCUAUGGCCAGGAUGUCAAGGCGCAGAGAAAGGCGGUAGCCGUGGUCCAAGGCCGAGGAAAAGAGGUGGGGGAUGAAGGCGUCGGGCAAGAGGAUUACGGUGGGGAGAAGACGGGGUCACAAAUCCUUACCAAGGGCCAGCGGAAGCAACGCAAUCUGUUGCAGGGUGGCCAAGGGUCUGGCAAAGGACAGGCCCCCCAGGCAGUCGCUGCACCACCAGUAGCCGCUGUAGAGGAGCAUGAGCAGUUAAUGGGAGGGAUGUAUCUGCUCACUAAUACACUCCUGCAAGGGGAUUUCGACCGGAGAGGCGCAUUUAGUCAUGAGGAGGAUGAAAUCCUGAUUCCGGAAAGUCAGGAUGACGAGUUCGAAGAAGGGGAGAUUAAGAAGGCAUUCCCGGCAGAGGAAUACGACGGGAUCUAUCUCGAGCUGGGCCUACUUAUAUCCUGUGAGAUGAGGGACAGGGAUGCUAGCGACAAAGCACAGAAGUUGAGGCACCUCUACGUGGUGAGAGAUGGGCAUUUGUUCAUAAAGCGGCAAGUUGGGAGUCCCAAGCGGAUUGUGUGCGGGAGGAACCGACAAUUAGACAUCAUAGUGGCAUUACAUGAUGGUAUAGCAGGUGGGCACAGAGGGGUGAGUGCCACAUGCGCAAAGAUAAGCAAGCUCUACCAUUGGGAUGGAAUGCUGACGAUGAUCAUCAAGUACUGCCGAUCUUGUAUACCUUGCCAGGAAAGGUCUGACUUCUUGAAGGCAGCCAUGCAGAGGGGCGGGCGGGGCACGCGGCCACGACAGAGACCUCUCGGGGCAUCCGGAGGGGAGGAGCAGCAUGGGCCCUUCAGGAGAGAGCUUACACCCGUGUUUGAUGACGACAAUAUCGAGCUUUUCCUGGACGCCUACCGAGAGCAUGCAGCCCGGACAGGAUGGGACGUGUCUGAGAGGGUACGUCAUUUGAGGGGAAUUGGGAGGUUUGAGGAGCCCAUUGCGUACUCCCUGCUUAGUGACGAGUUGGCUCUCAGGAAAGAUAAGGUGGAACAGCUGACUGCCCAACUCGCAGAGGAGAGAGCCGAGAACAAGGCCAGGCAAGCUCGCCUGGAGGCAAAGGAGGCUGAGUGGGAGGCGAAACUCAAGGAAAUGGCGGCUGCAGUAGAAAAACUUACCGCCACCAAGGUAAUCGACUGGACUGAGCAGAGCAGGUAUGGCAUCCAAGGCAAGGAGGUGCAAGGGCUGUUUGGCCAAGAGGAGGCCGCAGAGGCAUCUCGACAGGAGAAGUUGGGGAAGGUAUUUAUGGACCCAGCUGAGGCAGAGGCAAGGAAGGAAGCCAACAAGGAAAGCUUUGAGUUCAAGGCUCCCACUGAUCUGGCUUCACAGCAGGAGGCCGCUACUUCAGCAGAUGCUCCUAAGGAGGUGCUGACCCAAGAACCCCAACCUGCAUCAGUAGGAGAGGGGGAGGCAGAGGAGUCACUGGCAAUCCUUCUAGACGUACAGGAGGGGACACUCACUGGAGCGGUGGGGUCUCCACAGCCGGAGGCACAAGGGGAGGAGCCAUCACGCUUGGACGAGUUGGUUGCUGCCAUGGAAGUGGAUAUGCCGCGAGAGAGGCCUCAGGGGCUGGAGGCCCCAGAGCACGAGCCAAAGUUGGAAGAGUUGACGGUACAGCUGGGCUCGUGGGCCACUGGGACCGACUCGGGAGGACCGACUACUGAGCAGCGGCAGCAAGAGGCCACGAGCCAGCCUACUAGAGCCACUACUCCCCAGGCUCCAGGGUCCAGAGAGGGGGAGGAGGAAACCAUAUUGGAGGUAACCCUCGAGGGCCGGCCACUGAGAUUGAAUACCCCUGAUUACCAACCCGAGAGAGAGAUGCAGUAGGGGGAGUCAAGUGCCCAGGGAAUCGAAGGGGGAGCUGAAGGACCGUGGCACCUGCCU